AAGGUCAAAGGUUACAGACCGCGCCAAAUUUCAAAGAGGCAAAGGGAAGACACAAAAAUUAGUGUUUCAGGAAAAGAUGAGAAAUGGGAGAGAAGUGGAAAGUCCCAGCCAGGAAGGUCUUUAUCUCCCAGCUAGCAGGAGGAACACAACUUCCACCUGCUACAGGUAGUAGUGUCGGGGCUGCAGGGACAACUUUGUGGCGUGUGCAGCUGAAUCCAGUAUCCACAAAAACAUGGGACGUCAACUUGGUCUGGGUACAAGGUACUGUGGUGGACUGUGAUGUUGCUGGAGACUGGCUCACUGUGGAUGAUGGACAAGGAACUGCCCAAGUUGAGCAGAUUAAAAACAUCCCCAAGGCUAAAAACAAAUUUGAUAAAGGUAUGUACCUGAUGGUGGUGGGAUAUGUUCUACAGUGUGGCUCCAGACCUGUCCUAAAGGCUGUCAAAGUUCAGGAUCUCAGUGAUCAGGUCAACCACAAGGUCAUGUGGAACCUGGAGGUCACAGACCUGCAGAAGUGCUGAGGACUUGAGCACUUGUGCAUUAUUUUCUAAAGAUGCCAGGCAACUUGACAAACUGAAAUGAGGCCUUCUGCAAUGAGACCUACAUAUAUGUAGGUUCCUUUAGGGCCAAGUGUAUAUAUAAUGUUACUUGUACGCUUGUACACAUGAAUUCUUGACAUGUUUUUUUUUAUUUAAUGAAAUUCAUUGUACGAUAAAAGGAUUAACAUUGGUACGCUGUAUUGGUGUUUUUUUAACACAUCUGUAAUAUAUAAGUUAGUGUCAUAACAUACUGGGUAUUUUAUAUGUGAUACAGACCUACAGCUGUUAAUUACAAAUGUCAAUGUUGACAGAAGAACAUUACUAGUGAAAUUAUUGUCUUUCCAUGUA